AUGGGAGCUGCCUUGACCAAGGGGACGUUGCUUCUCAUUUUAGGCGUUGGACUGGAACAUCGAGAGCGACACAUCACUGCAGAAGCUUUCAGAACUGACGCUACAAGCUCAAGCUGCCGCAGAUUUGGCAGCCUUCUGCCCAGCUCGAACAUACGGCGACGAUACUAUGCUACCGGAGAUUCGAGCGGGCAAGCGCGUUCUCCAGACAAGCGUGCUUUGUUAAACUUCAACAACUUCAGCGACAAUGCGGUCAAAGUGUUGAUGUUAUCGCAAGAGGAGGCACGCAGAGCCUCCACUACCCAAAUCGCAGCCAGACACAUAUUCCAGGGAUUGGUGUGUCUGGAUUCCGGACUCGCUGCUCACGUACUACGGGAAUUCGGCGUUACGGUUAACAAUGUCAGAGCGACGGCCGAUGAUGCUGCUCAGAUUCCUACAAGCGACUCCAAAGAGGCGUUGGAUACGAAACUGAUGACCUUCUCAAAUGAAGCCAAGGAGGCCUUGGAGCUCUCAUCUGUAGAAGCGGAGAUGCUGGGACACAGUGCCAUAGAGACUGAGCACAUGCUGCUCGGCCUUCUCCGUUGCAGAAGCGAUGAGAUGACACGGGUGCUCAACGCGCUGUCGCUAAAUCCGGAUGAAGUGCGGAAAGUCACGCUGAAGUACAUCUCAGAACAAAAGGAAAGGACUGAAGAGGUGCAGCAAAAUGAUAACUGGAAACAGGCGCUCAGCCAGUACUCGUACAUGCCAGCCCAGGGACGCUCUGUCGACGUCAUGAAGGAUACUUACACCUCGCCUCUCAAUACGUUUACCGUAGAUCUCACCGCGAAAGCGGAGAUGGGAGAACUGCCAAACGUGUUGUGUCGUGAUGCGGAAAUCGAUAGGGCCAUAAGAACGCUCUGCAGAAAGCACAAACGAAAUCCGAUUUUAAUAGGUGAACCUGGUGUAGGGAAAACCGCGAUCAUAGAGGGACUUGCAAUGCAAUUGUUAAAAGGAGGCGCAACCCCAAGUCUUCGAAACAAAAGAUUAAGACAGCUCGAUCUGGGACUACUGGUUGCGGGUGCCAGGUUCAGAGGCCAAUUUGAAGAACGGCUAACUAAGCUCAUCGAGGAGGUCAAAAACAUGAAAGAUGUUAUACUUGUCAUCGAUGAAGCGCAUAUGCUUGUAGGAGCAGGCGCGGUCGAGGGUGCACUCGACGCUGCAAAUCUGUUCAAGCCAUCCCUUGCACGCGGAGAGAUUCAAUGCGUGGCGAUCACGACGCCUAAGGAGUACCGGAAAUACUUCGAAAAGGAUGCUGCACUGUCACGCCGAUUUCAGCCCAUCUACGUAAACGAACCCACCGAUGAGGACACGAAAACCAUCCUCAACGCUACCACAGAAGAAUAUGGAAAGUAUCACAAAGUGAUGUACAACCCUGAUGCUGUGGCAGCGGCGUUAAAGUUUUCAAAACAAUUUAUACAAGACAGGUUCCUGCCAGACAAAGCCAUAGACAUUCUUGAUGAAGCAGGCGCCUUGGCCAAAAUAAGGUUUCAUGCACGAUCAAGGUCACAUCCGGAGGGCUCCAGAAGCUCGGCAACAACACAGGACACAAACAAUGAACCAAAUCAAGCGGGAACUGCGGGUAGCACAAUGCAAGCUGUCGAAGAAUGUUCGACAGACAUAGAUGUACUGGGCAGAGCUGAAGCUAGCGAUCCUGCAACACCCGAAACAACCACGUCAUCGGGCAGCAGUUAUGGGUUCGCAGUUAAGGGGGAUCUAGACGGUCAACAAACUGACGGUGCAGGGAAUGAAGGGAGAAUUUACGCAAAUAUUUCAGACUCAGACGGGGCACGCGGCAAUUCUAGCAGUGCUGACUCUUACUACACAGAAGAUUCAGGGUUCGAAAGUGACAUGGCAGAACAUUCAUCUGCGGCGCCGCUCUGCGAGGUGAACACCGAGCAUGUGGCAGAGGUGGUGUCAACAUGGACCGGGAUACCCUUGCAAAGGCUUAGCGAGGAUGAAAUCGAAGGGCUUCGAAAUAUGGAAAGUGAACUCCAUAAGAGAAUCAUUGGACAUGAAGAAGCAGUUAAGCAUAUAUGCAAGGCCAUUCGUCGCGCGAAAACGAAUAUUAAGAAUCCUGAACGGCCAAUCGGCAGCUUUUUGUUCUGCGGUCCACCCGGAGUAGGCAAGUCAGAAAUAGCCAAAGCGCUGACCAACUUGCUGUUCGCCAACGAGAAGAACAUCAUAAAGUUAGACAUGUCAGAGUACAACGAACCGCACAGCAUCAGCCGGAUACUUGGAAGCCCGCCGGGAUACAAGGGGCAUGACUCUGGUGGUCAGCUGACUGAGAAGUUGCGUAAAAAUCCCUAUUCCGUUGUUAUGUUUGACGAAAUAGAGAAGGCACACCCCAAUGUCAUCAAUAUUUUGUUGCAGGUUUUGGAAGAUGGGAAACUGACGGAUUCCAGGAACCAGACGGUGUCGUUCAAAAAUGCUGUCAUCAUCAUGACCAGCAACACGGGCUCAAACGUCAUUGAAAGGGCUUCUCGCGGAUCUCACUCAUUUGGGUUUAAUAUUCAACCUAAAGCGACUGAUGAAAAACAGAAUUACGCAGAAAUCAAGUCGCUGGUCUGCGAAGAGCUGAAAUCGCAAUUCAAACCCGAACUCGUUGACAGAAUCGACGACAUCAUUAUAUUCAGACCGCUCACAGAUCAACAGCUACGGGAAAUAACGGGGCUGAUGAUCGAAGAAACCCUGAAAAGGGCACGUGAAACUGGCAUGGAUAUCGUUGUGGACGAUUCGUUCGUGGACUUCGUAUUGAAAUUGCCACGCGACGAAAAGGGCGGAGCGCGGCCCAUCAGACGGCUGAUCACCGGCCACUUGGAGGACAAGCUGGCCGAGUUUGUUAUAAACAAGGAAUACGAGCCGGGUAAAAGGUACCGGGUCACAGUGGACGACCAGAAGCGCGUCGUCAUAAGGGCUGAUAAUGACAUCGGCAAAGAAAACCAACAGGAACCAUCGCAGCCUGUAUCACCCAUAACAAUAACUGAAGACAACGUGAAAAAGCCGUUGUGUGUAUUACACACUCUCAACGAAGUAGAAGUAUAA